CAGAAAAACCAUGUCUCCAUCAGCGAGUGUAAUAACUCAACCGUGUCAGGCCUUCACAUGACUGCCCCUCCAAAGAGUCCCAACACUGAUGGCAUCGACAUCAGCUCCUCCACCAAUAUUCAUAUCAGUAACUGCACCAUGGAAACAGGGGAUGAUUGUAUUGCCAUCAACGGGGGCACUUCAUAUGUCACUAUAUCUGAGGUUGUUUGUGGUCCGGGACAUGGGAUAAGUAUUGGGAGUCUUGGGGCAAAAGGGAAAUAUGACGAAGUUGAAGCCAUAAAUGUAAGUAAUUGCACUUUCAACGGAACCACUAAUGGAGUUCGUAUCAAGACAUGGCAGGGAGGUUCUGGUUUUGCCAGAAAUAUCAACUUUUCCGAUAUAAACUUCAUAGCAACUGACCAUCCUGUAAUCAUUGACCAAUUCUACUGUCCUCACAGAAUUUGCUCCAAUCAAACAUCUGGUGUCCAAGUGAGUGAUGUAACAUAUAGUGGACUCCGAGGAACAUCCAUAAGCAAGAAUGCUACGGUCAGCUUCCGAUGCAGCGAAACAGUUCCUUGUACUAAUAUCAUACUUGAUGAUGUCGACAUAAGAUCCUUGGAUCCAAAUAUUUCAACCACUGCUGUCUGUAUAAAUGCUCAUGGUACGGCCCGUGCUACGGCCAGCCCCAUUGUGGAUUGCCUCUUGAACUAG